AUGACGGACGCGCCCAUUGUGGGACGACCUAUCCUUCGAUCCGAAGAGCAAGGCGAAAGUGAUAUUGUUCUUAAGGAUAUUAUGUGCGGAGAUGAAGCGGCUGCGGCUCGGUCGAUGCUUCAGAUUAGCUAUCCUAUGGAGAAUGGCAUUGUUAAGAAGUGGGAUGAUAUGCAACAUCUAUGGAACUACACAUUCUACGACAAGAUGAAGAUUGAUCCUUCAGGAAGAAAGAUUCUCCUGACAGAACCUCCAAUGAACCCGCUCAAAAACCGACAGACCAUGGCCGAGGUGAUGCUCGAGGGCUACGACUUUGGUGGCGUCUACGUUGCAAUCCAGGCAGUUUUGGCUCUAUAUGCGCAGGGUCUCAGCAGUGGUGUCGUGGUCGACUCUGGCGACGGUGUCACUCACAUUGUUCCCGUUUUCGAAUCGACUGUUCUCAACCAUCAUAUCCGGCGACUAGACGUUGCCGGACGAGAUGUCACGCGAAACCUGAUUGCGCUCUUACUACGCCGCGGCUACGCACUCAACAGAACAGCAGACUUUGAGACCGUGCGCCAAAUCAAAGAAAAGCUUUGCUACGUUUCAUAUGACCUGGAGCUCGACCAAAAAUUGUCAGAAGACACAACAGUGCUCGUCGAGUCUUAUACGCUCCCCGACGGACGUGUUAUCAGGGUUGGUAGCGAGCGAUUUGAGGCUCCAGAAUGUCUUUUCCAGCCUCACCUGGUCGAUGUCGAUCAGGCUGGGAUUGCGGAGCUUCUGUUCAAUACAAUCCAGGGUACAGACCUCGAUGUGCGCAGCAGUCUUUACAAGGCGAUUGUUCUUAGUGGUGGAAGCUCUAUGUACCCGGGGUUGCCGUCUCGUUUGGAGAAGGAAUUGAAGCAGCUGUGGUUGACGAGAGUGUUGCAGGGCAAUCCUGAGCGGCUGAACAAAUUCAAGGUGCGGAUCGAAGAUCCACCUCGACGAAGACACAUGGUUUUCCUUGGUGGUGCGGUGUUGGCCAACUUGAUUGCCGAUAAGGAAGACAUGUGGGUGACAAAGGCAGAAUGGCAAGAGCAAGGAGCCCGAGCCUUGGACAAAUUAGGACCGCGAUAA